AUGCAAUUAACUUGGAAGGAUAUUCCGACAGUGCCAACGUCAAAUGACAUGUUGGACAUUGUUCUUAACAGGACACAGAGAAAAACCCCAACGGUGAUCAGACCAGGUUUUGCUAUCACUCGUAUUAGAGCUUUCUACAUGAGAAAGGUAAGAUAUACAGCAGAAGGUUUUGCCGAGAAGUUCACCGACUUGCUGCAAGGUUUCCCCAAUAUAGACGAUGUUCAUCCCUUCCACAGAGAUCUUAUGGAUACCUUGUACGAGAAAAACCAUUACAAAGUGUCUCUAUCAGCCAUUUCCAGGGCAAAGGCUAUGAUCGAACAGGUCGCCAGAGAUUAUGUCAGACUUUUGAAGUUUGGUCAGUCGCUGUUCCAAUGUAAGCAGUUGAAGAGAGCUGCCUUAGGUAGAAUGGCCACUAUCGUGAAGAAAUUGAAGGAUCCUAUGGUUUAUCUGGAGCAAGUUAGACAGCAUUUGGGUCGUCUUCCAUCCAUCGACCCUAACACCAGAACACUAUUGAUCUGUGGUUAUCCUAACGUCGGAAAGUCCUCUUUCUUGCGUUGUAUCACCAAGGCUGAUGUCGAGGUUCAACCUUAUGCCUUCACCACCAAGUCAUUGUAUGUCGGACACUUCGACUACAAAUAUUUGCGAUUCCAGGCAAUUGAUACCCCUGGUAUUCUUGACAGACCCACUGAAGAGAUGAACAACAUUGAAAUGCAGUCUAUUUAUGCCAUUGCACAUCUGAGAUCCUGUGUUUUGUACUUCAUGGAUCUCUCAGAGCAGUGUGGGUUUUCAGUCGAAGCCCAAGUGCGUUUGUUCCACUCCAUUAAGCCAUUGUUUGCCAACAAGACUGUGUUGGUCGUGGUUAACAAGACGGAUAUCAUCAGUAUUGAGGAUCUAGACCCUGAGAGAAGAGAGCUGCUGUCCAGUAUUGAGAAAGUCAGUGGUGUUGAGAUUAUGCAAACCUCUUGUUACGAAGAGGACAACGUUAUGAAGGUCAGAAACUCUGCCUGUGAAAAAUUGUUGACUUCCAGAAUUGAGCAGAAGCUGAAGGGAUCAUCCCGUAUCUCCAAUGUUCUUAACAAGAUCCACGUUGCUAAACCACAGGCCAGAGACGACGUCGACCGUGCUGCAUACAUUCCAGACGCUGUCAAGACUCUUAAGAAAUAUGAUCCCGAAGACCCCAACCGUAGAAAGCUGGCCAGGGACAUUGAGGCUGAGAAUGGAGGUGCUGGUGUAUUCAACAUCAACCUUAAAGACAAGUACAUGUUGGAGGAUGACGAGUGGAAGAAUGACAUUAUGCCAGAAAUAUUGGAUGGUCGUAACGUUUACGAUUUCUUGGAUCCUGACAUCGCUGCCAAAUUGCAAGCUUUGGAAGAGGAAGAAGAGCAAUUGUCCAAGGAAGGAUUCUACGACUCAGAUUCGGAGAUUGAGGAUGAGGAAGUCGAAGACAUCAAGGAAAAGGCCAGAUGGAUCCGCAACAAACAGAAGAUGAUGAUCAACGAUGCCAAGAUGAAGAAGAACAACAGUAGAUCUGUCAUGCCUAGAACUAAGGUUACCCACUCUGUUGCUAAUUUGAAGGAUCACAUGUAUAAAUUGGGACACGAGACUUCUGGUUUGAACGCAAGCGUGAAGAGAGCCAGUGCCCAGCAGAGCCGUGGAUCUGAGAUUGUCAGAAAAGAGGCUUCUGCUGAUACUAAACGUCCUCACACUAUGUUGCUCCAAAGAGACAGACGAAGUGACGGUGUUAGCGAUGGAUCUCUUCGUUCCAAGGUUGACAGAGUAGCUAAGAUGCAUCUGCGUGAGAGAAACAGACAUACUAGAAAGGGUGAAGGUGACAGAGCUGAUACUGCUAGUUUGCCUAAGCACCUGAUUGCAGGUAAGCGUGGUAACGGUAAGACUGACCGCCGUUAG